AUGUCUUGCCGAAGGUCGCCGCCCGCAAAGCCGUUACAUUCACUACAAAAACCAAGAAUUGCAACCCAAGAAUCGGACACCACUUCGGACUGCCUGGGUUCGGAUCCCGAUCAAGGCAAUCAAUCAAACAUUAGUCGUCGUCAGAAACGUAAACACAGUGAUACGACCCUAUGUGAGAUUAAAGAUAUGCUAGCUGCUGUACAGCUUGAACAAAAAUUGCAGGCUAUAAAAUUUGAAGAGGAAAUGAAUAAGAUGUUGCACCAAAAUAAAGAAAUGAUGCAAUCCAUACAACACAUGUCGGACAAGUAUGACGAAGUGUUGAAACAAUUGCAGCAAAGUAAAGCCGAAAAUGUUGCAUUAAAAAUCAUAUUAAAUUUCUUGAACAAAAACUAG